AUCAGUGGGUUUAAGGCAGUGCUUUUGAAUCAGGUGGCGCGCGCGCCUAAAAUCUAAUUUCAAAACAAACUCAAUCAUCACAUUUAAAGUCGCUGAUUAAUUGUGUUGUGUGACGUGCGUAGUUGGCAUUGAUAAAAAGAUUAACUACAAACCAACCUCCCUCUCACCAACCCCCGCCCAAUAACAUCAAGCAACUCGAACCAGAGUGACGACGCUAGAGGGCGCUUGCACUUGCAGUGAAAUAAUCAAUAAAGCAACAACAACAACAAUACAAUACGAUGUGGGCCAGUGAUAAGCAGCAACAAUAGAAGUCAGCCGCAGGCUGCAAAAAAGCACAAAAAAACAGGCGAACCCCAAUCGAAGCCCUAACCUCAUAUUCGAACUCAUCUAACCAUCAGCAUAUAUUUACAUACGUACAUUCCCAUCCACACAUCCGUAAUUCAUUACUUCCGGUCUUCGUUUAUCUUUGCUGUGUACUAAGCAAGGAAAAUGUCUCGCGAGGAGCGUCUGCCCAUUGUGGAUUGCUCGAGCAGCAGUGGCGAUGAUGAGGCGAAGCCUGUGGUGCGUAGACGCAGCACAAGGGAUACGGUUUUGGCUGUGCCCAAGGAUCCGGGAUGCUGUGAUCCUGACAGCACACCGCAUCGAUUUUUGGCCUUGGUCUUUAUGUGUUUGCUGGGUUUUGGUUCCUAUUUUUGCUAUGAUAAUCCGGGCGCAUUGCAGGAUGUAUUUCAGAAGGAGCUAAAUUUAAAUGCCACCGAGUUCACAUUCAUUUAUUCCAUCUACUCCUGGCCAAAUAUCGUACUCUGCUUCGUUGGCGGCUUUUUGAUCGAUCGUGUCUUUGGCAUACGCAUGGGAACAAUCAUUUAUAUGCUAAUCGUGCUAUUGGGCCAACUGAUAUUCUCCACUGGAGCUCUAUUUGGCCAUUUCUGGCUAAUGAUUGUGGGUCGCUUCAUCUUCGGCAUUGGUGCCGAGUCAUUGGCCGUGGCACAGAAUAGCUAUGCUGUGUUAUGGUUCAAAGGCAAGGAGUUAAACAUGGUCUUUGGUCUGCAAUUGUCGGUGGCACGCUUUGGUAGCACUGUCAAUUUUUGGAUAAUGCAACCACUCUACGGUUAUGUGUCCAAAUUGUAUGCUGGCUAUACUGGCUUGGGCGUGGCACUCUUCAUUGCCUCGAGCACCUGUGUCAUGUCAUUGAUAUGUACUCUCAUUUUGGGAUGGAUGGAUAAGCGAGCGGAGCGCAUACUUAAAAGGAAUAACAAUCCGGGUGGCGAGAUUGCCAAACUGAGUGACAUCGUCUCAUUUAAAAUGGACUUUUGGAUGGUCUCCGUAGUCUGUGUGGCCUACUAUGUGGCCAUAUUUCCAUUUGUGGCGCUGGGACAAGCCUUCUUCAUAUCCAAUUUCCAAAUGACGCCCGAACAAGCGAACAAUGUCAAUUCGAUUGUGUAUUUGAUCUCGGCGAUAGCAUCGCCGCUGUUUGGUUUUAUCAUCGAUAAGGUGGGACGCAAUGUUACCUGGGUGUUUGUGGCGACAAUUGCCACGCUUGGCGCGCAUAUGUUGCUCACAUUUACCCAUUUAAAUCCGUACAUUAGCAUGUGUAUUAUGGGACUAUCGUACUCCAUGUUGGCUGCCAGUCUCUGGCCGUUGGUGGCAUUGAUUGUGCCCGAGUAUCAGCUGGGCACGGCCUAUGGCUUCUGUCAAUCAGUGCAAAAUUUGGGUCUGGCUGUGGUCACCAUUGUCGCUGGCAUGAUCGUUGAUAGCAGCGGUGGCAGUCACUUCUGGUUGCAGCUCUUUUUUAUGCUGUUCCUUCUGAUUUCGCUGUUGGCUACGUGCAUUAUAUGGGCCUACGAUCGCAAACAUCAGGGCAAUUUGAAUAUGUCGCCAUCACAGCGUGCCACAUAUCAUACAUCAAUCUCCACCCAACGUGGUACUACGGAUCGACGGCCUUUAUUGGGCAACUAAAAACUAUAUACACAGAAAAAACGAAAAAAAAUAUAUAUAUAUAUAUAUUAAAAUAUCAUAUAUAAUAUGCAUAUAUGCACACAUAUAUAGUACGAUAACCAAUGUGAUGUUGUUUGCCAUCUCUUUAGCUCCGUAUUUGUCUCCUAUUGCGUAACUUUGGCACAUAUAAUAUAUAUAUAUGUGUAGUAUUAUCGUAUAUCCUGGAUAACCGCACAGUUUUCGGUUUUAUAUUGCUUAAGUUUCAAGCUUCAAUAUUUAUAAAUAAUUGAUCCUUUACAUAUCAAGAUUGAAACUAUUGUUAUUGUGAUUGUGUAUUAUUGUUGUUUAUAUUCAGUGCCAAAGAUAAAUGUUAAAUAAAAUAAACAUAUCUAGCAAAUCGUUAUCGCUGUAUUAUUUCGUGUUUUGUUGGAGAGUAAAAUAAAAAACAAACAAUGAAUGAAAUUAAAUAAAUUCACUGAUAUUUAUUCAAUUUAUUUAUAUAGCAUAUGUGAACGGUUUCAUUUUUGUUGUUGUUUAGAAAAUAUAUAAUUUAUAAUAAAUUAAUUAAAUUAGCUAAAACAUAAACAGAAAUUCCAGAAUUUUGGCUUUGUUAAAUAUAGAAAAAACUAAAGUUUCCAUAACGCAUUGGACUAGAGAAAAUACAAUUACAAAUCUUUCAACCGAUAUUCAUUGUACAAAAAGAAUAAAUCAAGUUAAUCGAAAAAUACAAAAGUAAUUCGAAAACAAAAACAUUAAAUACAUUUUUCAUUUCUUCUUGAGAAUUGGUUACGUACAAAAAAGAAAAUAAAGAUGAAUUUGAGAGAAUUAUGAAAUGUUGCUGAGAGAAAAUUAAGAUUUCGUUUACUAUUGAAUAAAAAUGCAAAUUUCCAUUCAUUUUGGCCGUUAUUAAAGUUCGAACCGCGUUUUCGUAAUUUGAGUAAUGCCGUUACGUUUCGAGCGUUUCCAUCAAUUAGUUGCAUUUUGUUAUUUGUUUAUCUCAUAGUAAGUAUAUUAGUAAAAUAUAUAUUCAUCGUUUCUAUAUACUUAACUAAGAGCAUCGUUUGAUCAUCAAAGUCUAAGAUGAUUGAUUUUCUUGAACAUUUUCCAUAUAAAUCGUCGUCGCUUUUCUAUAUGUAAUAGCUCCUAACUUAGGUUAGUAUUUAGAAUUCAUUUUGAUUGAUUUACUUUUUUUUGGUCGAUUUUUUUAAUAUUAAGAAAUGUAAGUGACAUGCUAAAGCUAAAAAAAUCAUAGUACAAAAACAGAAAGAUAGUUCGUGUGUGUUGGAAGCAAAAGUGUUGAAAUAUAUAAUCUCAAUAUACUUGGGAAUUUAGAUAUCCCCACCCCCAAUGAGUCAAUAACUCUCAGACACACUCCUACACAUAAAGAUUAGCUAUUGUCAGUUAUUUAGUUUGAUUUUUCAUCAUGCUCUUCGUGUUGGUUUUCCAAUAUCUAUAUCGUUUAUAAGUUUUAAAUGUUAUACUCUUCUUUCAUUGUUAUUCAUCCAAAUUUUCAGUUUCGUCGGCGGCCACAAUAUUUCGUUUGGUAGCACUCUGAAUGCUAGCUAGAUAUUUCUCACCAUCGAACCGCUGGCUCUCAUCCUGUAGAUCCUGUGCAAACAAAACAAACAUUUUAAGUCGAAGUGCAAAGGAAAACAUUAAUCUUAUACCAUCACUUAUGGACAUACAUUCUUACCUUCAAUGUGAUAUAGUGUGUGUAUUAUGUGUAAGCGUGCAGGUGUGAGUUUGUGGAAGUUAUGGGCGUGUGAAUUGGGUAUGUCGAAUUUGCAGUUAGAUAAAUCCCAAGCAUUUUGACUUUGCAAGUCAUUAUUUUAUUUUACAUAUGUAUAUAUGUAUGACUGGUAUGAAUCUAUAUAAAUUUGAUGGGAGUGUCUUAAAAAACGCUUACUUCUAGAUUUAUUACAUUUAACCCUUGGUUUUCCAAUUAGUCUUUUUAAACAUUAAUUACAGUGUGUGUGUGUAUAUAUGUAAGUACGUUUGUUAUUUGUAAGGGUGUGAGGUGUUUUGUGAAUUCUGAAUUUGCUUCGGGUUGACCGGCAACGUUUAGAAUAACUCUAGCGAACACUAAAAUCUGUUUCACAGCCAAAACACAGAUUCCUUUUAAAGUUAUACGUUAAUUUCCUCUUUGCUUCCUCUUUCAAUGCCAACUUUAAUAAUAAUAUAUUUAUAUAUGUAUGUAUAUAUAUAUAUAUAAGAGAAUCAUAUUUGUUUCGAAGAUAAAGCCUACGACUAGAAAAAUUAAAUGUUAUUUGGAUGAAACUUCUCCUUUUUUGGUUUUGUUCUUUGGAUUCUAUAAUAUAAGAAUACUGAGCAUAACUGUUAUGAAUUGGUAUUCGAUCAGUUUGUGAAUUAAACUGCUUACUUCGAAAUAUUAAAUUGUCCGUAUAUAUUUGUAAUGAGAUUGUUAUUAAAAUGUCUUUUAGAUAAGAGCACGAUUAUUGUUAUUAAACUCCUCGCUGGAGUAUGCAUCACACA